GUUCAUACUCACAUUCUGACUAAGCUCUAUCAACACACAGCUUAAUGGAGUUUAAGAGUCUAUCAGUUUUAGCUCUCCUUUUUUGUGCUCUUGUGGGAAUCAAUGAAUCUAAAUUAGAAGAAGAUUAUUGGAAAUGUGUUUGGCCAAACACUUCUAUACCUACGGAACUUUCAAAUCUGUUCUUGCCUGAUAAAAGAAGCAACACGCUUAUAAAAAGUGAAGAAGAGAAACAAUAUUGGACUAUAUUUUUUGAACAUGACCUAUUUCCUGGGAAAAUAAUGAAUUUAGGUAUCCAUAAACAUUCAGAUAUCCACUCGUCAAAAUCAACAACACAUGUAACUGAUAGAACAAGUCUACCUUUUGGAGUAUGGAUUUGGUUUAAAGAAGAAAUCGACAGAACAAAUCAACCUUUUGAAUUUAGUGUGUGGGAUAAAAGAGAAACUAGACAUUUUGUAGCACACACAUCAGAUGAAAAAGAAGCUCGCAUUCUUAACAAUUAUUGUGGAACCCCAUCAGCAAUAGGGGAAGAUAAACAUUGUGCUCUAUCACUAGAAUCAAUGAUUGAUUUUUCUAUUUCAAAGCUUGGAAAGAAUAUCAAAGUGAUGUCAAGUUCCUUUUCUCAAAAUCAAGACAAAUAUGUAGUGGAGGAAGUAAAAAAAAUUGGAGACAAAGCAGUAAUGUGCCAUAAAUUAAAUUUUAAAAAAGUUAUAUUUUAUUGUCACGUGGUCAACGCGACAACAACUUACACGGUCCCAUUGGUGGCCUUUGAUGGAACUAAAUCAAAAGCACUAACUAUUUGCCACCAUGACACUCGAGGUAUGAAUCCUAUUGUGUUGAAUGAAGUUCUUAACGUUAAACCGGGAACUGUUCCUAUUUGCCAUUUUAUCGGAAACAAAGCUAUUGCCUGGGUACCCGAUGUAAGUGAGUCUGAUGAACAUCCUUGUGUCAUCUAGCAAAUUUAUACAUUUAUCAUGAUAUAAUGUUUGGACUUGUUAAAAAGUGAUAUAUGGGAAACAAAUAUGAUCCUUUGUCAUCAUAUAUUGUCUCUAGACAGGCUCAUCCAUAUAUACUAAAUAAAACUAGUUCUAAUUUAGUUAGAACUAUAGGUUUGUGAUAGUACAAUGUGUCAUUUUAUUGGCCAAUUUCUGAUGUACUUUAUGAAAUGCAUUAUUAUUAUAUUGAUUUCUAAUG